AUGGCCACCAUGGCUCACCUCGCAACCGCCAACUUCUUCCGCCCCGCGGAAUGGCACAAGCACUCCGGCGUCAUCAUGGCCUGGCCGGCCGCCGCCAACGACGCCUACCGCGACGACAAGCAGGGCCUCCGGGACGUGACCAAGGACAUCAGCACCGUCGCCGAGGCCGUCGCGCUCUUUGAGCCCGUCACGCUCGUCGUCGUCCCCGAGCGGCUCGCCGAAGCUGAAGCCCGCUUCCGCCACCCUUCCUCUUCCUCCUCCUUCAACAUCACCCUCCUCCCCGUCGACGGCUACCCCAAGCUAGACCUGUGGAUGCGCGACAUGGCCCCGACCUUUGUCGUCAACGACGACGACGCCGACGCCCGCCUGCACGCCGUCGACUUCAACUUCAACGGCUGGGGGCACAAGUACCCCACGGACGCUCGCCAGUCGCUGGCGCGCACCAUCGCCGGCCGUCGCAGCAUUCCGGUGGUGCCGUCGUGGCUCGUCACCGAGGGCGGCUCGCUCGAGGUCGACGGCGACGGGACGCUGCUCAUCACCGAGAGCUCCGUGCUCAUCGAGAACCGCAACCCGGGACGCGCCCGCGCCGACGUCGAGGCGGAGCUGCGCCGCACGCUCGGCGUCGAGACCAUCGUGUGGCUACCCGGCCGGCGCGGCCUCGACAUCACCGACGGGCACGUCGACGGCCUCGCGCGCUUCGUCGCGCCGGGGCGGGUCCUCCUCAGCCGGCCCAGCAGCACAGACGACGAGGACGACCCGUUUGUGCAGAUGUACCGCGAGGCGCGCGACAUUCUCGCGCGCAGCACCGACGCCCGCGGCCGCCGGUUCCGGGUCACAGAGGUCGUGGAGGCGGACCUGCGGAAGAUUGGCGCGGAUAGGCAGACACGCAAGGACGUGGAGAGCGGCAGGGAGGACUACCCGGCGCUGACGUACGUCAACUACCUGGUCGUCAACGAUGGCGUCGUCUUCCCGCAGUUUGGCGACAGGAAGGCGGACAAGGCCGCGCUCAGGGUCAUCCAGGACGCGUAUCCGGACCGGGAGAUUGAGCCCGUGUACAUUUAUGAGCUGCCAUUUUAUGGCGGCGGGAUCCACUGCUCGACUCAAGAGAUACCCGUUCCAAGAAAUUAG